CUCCCCUUGCACUUCAUUGCACCCCCACUUGACACGCUUUCAUUAGAGCUCUGAUUGAUGAGCAGUAGUAGUUAGCACUAUAAAUUGUCUGGACUCGAGCACUCUUCAAACACAAUGGCCCGAGUAGAGGAGUCCCACUAUCGGCACUUGUUCCGUGAGUUUUUGCGCCAGAGUUACAUCAAUGGGCUGCAUCCGUUCUUAUACCAUUCACCCGUUCGUUAUGCCAAAGCUCUCUGGCUUGCACUGCUCACAGCCAUUGUGAUCUACACCCACAUAGUGAUCGUUAAUCUCACCCAGGAGUACCUGGUGCAGCCGACCGAGAUCCACAUGGUCCCCGACCUGGUGCAUGUGGCCAACAGCCCCUUUCCCGCGGUUGGGGUGUGCACCGCCAACAAAAUCAGCCAACGCCUGCUCCGGGAUUAUGCCGUUAAACUAUUCCAACACCAGGGCAACUCCUCUCUGCAGGCGGUGGCCCUAGACGUGGACGAUAUGGCCGAUCGCCUGCUGGUGCUGGCUCAGUUUUACCUGAGCCCCCUCGAAACUGAACGUUGGAACGCCUCGGAGCUGGAUCGACUGCACCGGCUGCUCUUUAGUUACUAUCACGACAGUGAAUACUCGGUGGGCGAGAUAUUGCGGAAUUUGUCGCCCGAUUGCGGGGAACUGGUCAUCAGGGGCAUCGUCUUCGGGGCGCCUGUAAACACCAGUCGAAUGUUCCUAAAGCGACCAACCUCGACGAAUGUGUGUUGCAUAUUUAACUAUCGACGUGCCAGCAAUUCCCCAUUUGCCAGCAGGAGGGCAGAGGAUGAUGCCGAAAUGAAAGCUGUUCCUAGGGUCGUCUUUGAAUCGAAUUCUAUAUUGAACAGCGUUCAGUUUGUGCUACAGGGUACACCAAAAGAGGAUUUUACCAACACCUUUAACACCAACAACGCUUUUCAUCUCACCAUUUUUCCCCAAGAGGACUAUGCCACCAUUCAAUCCACGACAUUGGGAGAGGUGCUUGUGAAUCAUAACUCCAUAGUGGAGAUUCCCAUACAGCCAAUGUUUUUUAACUCAGCUAAAGAUGUUUACGGAGUUUCACCAAAAAUACGACGUUGCUACUAUCCUGAAGAAGGCAGUCGAUUGCUGAACCAAUCGUACUACUCCAUGGAUGAAUGCCUCCUGGUAUGCCGCAUCAAGAGUAUGGUCGACCAUUGUGGCUGUGUCUCUCCUCCGAUGGUGGGAAGUUCCGUUGACUUCGCCUACUGCAUGCUACCCGAUCUUCCCUGCCUGAUGAGGUGGAAGAGCAUCUGGUAUGGCUACAAUGAGUUUGCCUUCCUGCAAGGCAAGGAGGAACACUUAGCUCAACGGCAAUGCGAACACUGUCUACCCACCUGCAACGGGGUUAGCAUGAGCAUCACCAAUAAUGUGGCACCCUUAAGAAGAACUUAUAAUAGUACUGGUUACUUAAACGGUUUACUAAAGGGAUUGAGCAACGAGCGACCAUUGGCCAUAAUUAAGCUCUUCUUUAAGCUGCGUUUUGCCCAAGCCACCAAAUCCCAGCUAGUAAGCUCAUGGGUUGUUCUUCUGAAUCGAUUUGGAGGCAUCCUUUCGCUUAUGUACGGCUUCAGCAUAGUCAGCUACAUAGAGAUCCUCUACUAUCUCACGGGAAAAGGGUUUGUCUACAUAUACAGAUCACUUACUUAUAAAAAGCUUGGCAAACGCAACUACUCCCUUUACUGGCACGAACUUAUGCCCAAGGGCCCUAAAAACCUACCGCUUCAAAAUUAGCUCCUACAUUAA